UCAGGCGACGAGCUGUUUUUGUUUUUUUAUUUGCUUUUGUUUGCAUUUCUUAAUUUACAAGUUACGACUACUGGCCUACUUGCAGAUGAAUUCUUACUUCCCUCCAAAUUCAACUUCUCUCUCACUUUUUUGAUCCCCGAAUUGAAAAUGAUUAAAAACUUGAAACUCCACCGGCUACUUAGCGCAAAUUACCGCCAACUACAAACACGAGCAACUGAAAUAUCCAGCUUCGAAACUGAAAUAUCAAGCAACGAUUACGUUUGUUCAUUAUGUAGACAAAACCUGUUUAGAGAAGCUAUACAUGCUUUUGAUUUUAUUCAAAGUAAGACUCCUUUUCAUUUGAAUCCAACUACUUACACUCAUUUAAUUUCAGCUUGUUCUUCUCUUCGAUUGUUAAAUUUUGGUCGUAUAGUUCACCAUCAUAUGGUGAAAUCAAAUUUUCAACCGGAUAUUAUUUUACAGAAUCAUUUACUUAAUAUGUAUGGAAAAUGUGGGUCACCAGAAGAUGCUAGAAACGUGUUUGAUAAAAUGGUUGCUAGAAAUCUUGUUUCCUGGACUUCAAUAAUUGCUGGGUAUUCGCAAAAUCGUCGAGAAAUUGAAGCAAUUGAUUUGUAUUUUCAUAUGCGUCGUUCUGGUAUUUUGCCUGAUCAUUUCACUUUUGGAAAUAUGUUGAGAGUGUGUUCUGGUCUUAAUGAUAUUGAAUUAGGAAGACAGUUUCAUGCCGCAGUUAUCAAAUCAGAAUACGGUUUGGAACGUAUUGCACAGAAUGCACUUGUUGCAAUGUAUACCAAGUUUAAUCGGAUUGAUGAUGCAUUGGUUUUGUUUGAUAGAAUUUCUGAAAAAGAUACAGUUUUGUGGGGUUCAAUGGUAGGUGGAUUAGCUCAGCAGGGUUGUCCGGUUGAAGCUCUGCAACUUUUCAAGGAAAUGCUAUCCAUGGAUGGUCUCUUCCCUAAUGAGUUUAUAUUUAGUAGUGCUUUCAGUGCCUGUAGUAGUCUUUUCCAAUUGGAAUAUGGUAAACAGCUACACUCAUUAAGUAUAAAAUUUGGGCUCGGUGGAGAUGUUUUUGCUGGCUGUUCACUUAGCAACUUUUAUGCAAAGUGUGGUAGUUUAUAUUCUGCGAAAAUGGCCUUCAUUCAGAUACAAAAUCCUGAUUUAGUUGCUUGGAAUGCAAUUACUGCUGGGUUUGCUUACAGUUGUGAUGUUAAUGAAGCCAUGGAAUGCUUUUCUCGGAUGAGACAUUCAGGAUUCAUCCCUAAUGAGAUAACCAUCUUAGGUUUGCUCACCAGUCCUUCUACGCUUACUCAAGGCCAACAGGUUCAUUGUUAUGUUAUUAAGACGGGUUUUAAUCUGGACGUUCGAAUAUGUAACACUCUCCUUACAAUGUACGCGAAGUGUUCGGAUCUCUCCAAAGUUUUCCAUUUAUUCGAAGAAAUGAAGAAUGCCGUAGAUUUAGUUUCCUGGAAUGCAGUUCUUACAGCUUGUCUACAGCACAACCAGGUGAAUGAUGUUUUUCGAUUAUUAAAGUUUAUGCAUAGUUCUCAAUACAAACCCGACGAAAUCACUGUGUGUAUUGUUUUGGGUGCUUGUUCGAGUUUAGCAUCUCUAAAGAUGGGAAAUCAAGUUCAUGUUUAUGUCAUGAAAUCUGGACUAGAAACCGAGAUUUUGGUUGCGAAUGGCUUAAUUGAUAUGUAUACAAAAUGUGGUGCACUUGAAAGUGCUAGAAAUCUCUUUGAAGCAAUGAGAAGCCCCGAUGUUGUUUCUUGGAGUAGUUUGAUUGUUGCUUAUGCGCAGUUUGGCUAUGGUGAUGAAGCUCUGAAACUCUUUGAAACUAUGAGAAGCCUAGGCACUAAACCGAACCAUGUAACUUAUGUUGGGGUUCUUUCUGCUUGUAGUCGUGUUGGAUACAUAGAAGAAGCUUUCCAUCAUUAUAGAACCAUGGAGGCUGACUAUGGGAUCACUCCAACUAAAGAACAUUGCUCGUGUAUAGUAGACCUACUUGCUCGUGCUGGACGGUUAGAAGAGGCAGAGAAAUUUAUUAAUCAAAUGCAAUUUCAUCCUGAUAGUAUCAUAUGGAAAACCUUACUUGCAGCUUGUGCAACUCAAAAGAAUGUAAAAAUCGGAAAGAGAGCUAUGGAUGGUAUUUUGAAAUUGGAUCCAUCAAGUUCAGCUGCUCAUGUAUUACUUUGUAACAUAUAUGCAUUAACUGGUAGUUGGGAAGAUGUUGCUACAAUGAGAACAUUAAUGCGAAGUAGAAAUGUCAGAAAGGUUCCUGGGAUAAGCUGGAUAGAACUUCGGGACCAGGUGCAUGCAUUUAUGGUAGAAGAUAGAUCGCAUCCAAAAAUCAGUGAGAUAUAUAUGGUUCUAGGUGAACUACGGCUGCAUAUGUUUGAAGCUGGUUAUGUUCCAAACUAAAGAUUAUCUUCAAAUGAAUCACUGGAUAAACAGAAACAAGCUGUUCAAACUCUGAAGUAGCUAUGUCGACAGUGUGGAUAGUAAUAUCAGGACUAGUUUAGCCCACCUUUGGCUUACAUUGAGUGAGGAUUUGUUUCUCAUGGACAGAGGCAAACAAAACUGAAUGUGGUAGCUAGGCGAAGCAAAAUAUUAUGGCAUGACGCAUAAGCUUCACUCUGACAUCAUUGUCAACAGAUGAUUUAGUUCACGGAAGGAAUAAUUUAUGCUGCUAAAACAAAGUGUUGUAACAACAUGGAGGUAUUGGAAAGUUGGAGAGAGGAGGCUAGGACUAGAAAGUGAUGAAAAGUACGCUGCCAGUAGGCAGGGGCGGAGACAAGGAUUGACUAACACUGGCUCUAGCCCCCCGUAAAAUCACAACAAUCACAUAAAAACCCUUAAAAUUCAUACCAUAUUAUGCAUUUAGCCCACCUUAUGCUUAGUAUUUAGUCCACUAAGUCUUGGCAUAUUUUUUACAUUUUCUUUUAGCCCCCCUUAAUCUGAAUCUCUGGCUCCGCCACUGCCA